UUAGCUGACACACAAAAUACCUAUCCGGGCAGUGUAAGAUCUGGCAAGUGUCAGCAAGGCCUGGGCAGAGGAACAUGCUCCGUAUUUUCAACCAGAACUAUCAGGAAGCAACCCCGAUCACAUUUUUGUAAAACACAUUUACAGUGUUAGUUUCAUCAGCUGUUGUAGAAUAUGAAAUCCAAUUAUUUUGACUUCACAGGGCCUUUAAAUGUAGGCAAACAAGUUUUCAGCAUUCAAACUAAUCUACCCAGCCAGAUUCAGCACCAUGGACAGUGAAGAUCAGAAUACCUGCGAUCUGACGAUUAGAACAACAGUGCUAUUUUAAGUGAUUUUCAAGACACCCAAAGUCAAUUUAAAUCCACAACAAAAUCUGCAGGAUAAAAAGCAAUAUAAUCAAACAUUCAAAUAAGUAAACAGGCUAUAUUAAAGUGCACUAUACAUAGAGACAGAUUCACCAUGGAGAACACUAAACAUGAUGACAGAUUAACCAGGGAAGUGAAUUUAACAGAGUUUAAAGCUAAAACAACAGAAUCUGGGUACGUCUGUGUGAAGAGGUGUGGCUUUAGUGUGGAUUUGAAUAGUACACAAGUAGGCCUACGCUAUUUUUGCACUGUAAAACUUUUUUUAAAGUGUUAUGUUUUCCCAGAUUCAUAGUGUUAUGCAGCCCAGGCCUAUCUAGGAAGGCUGGGCAUAAAUUGUUUGCUCACAGCAUCACAUGAUGACGUGGGCAACAUAAACACUUAAUCUCUGUGGAUUAAAGUUAAUAGUAAUCAAAACUAAUUUCACCACGAAAGGAAGUGCAAUCGAAAUGAAUGAAGAAGACACGGUAAUUCUAGUGAGUUAAUAAAAUGACAAGGUGUUGCCUGUCAGCGUUGUAGACUACUGCCUCACAAGCCCGGGCUUUAGUGGCACUGGCAUACGCGCUUGCCUCUGCACUGAAGGGGCCACCGAACGCGUCCGCGUUGCAGCUCUCACUUUCUCCCGCUACAGUAUGUCCUACAAUGACAUAUUUGGUGGGGAUUGGCAGCCAACAAUAGGAUUGGAUUGGGACUAAAUCAAAGAAUAAAACGAUAUUGAAAUGAAUAUUAUUAACAAAUAUUUCCCAGAAGAUUUUGGGUUCAACCUAAGGCUGACUAGGACAGAUCAAUCAACUUGAUCCGACACAGUAAGCCUACAUGUCAUACUUAAGUAAACCCACAAGAGAGACAAUAUUGCAAAGGCAGGACCAUGUUCGAUGGAAGGCGUAGGGGUAGCCAAUCGAAAACGUUUGACGGGGAAAUUUCUGUCAAUAUUAGCUAGUCCUACUGAGUGGGCAAGUAACCUUUCCCGCGCUCUUCCUAAAAAUACUAUUUGUGAUGUCAUAAAGGUCUAACGUUCCAUGACGUAGCAUGUAGCCCUAAAUUACAGUCCCUGCCUGCAAUAUUGUCCUCACUCUCGACCUGAACUCAACUUGAAUGUAACCAACACAGACAAGGACAUGCUUUUGAGAUAUAAAAUAGCUUGAAUGGAUGAAGAAAAGGUAAGUUAAAUGACUUCAUACAAUAUUGGGGGAAAGUAAAAAAGGGUCAAGCAAUCUAAGCGGAUAUUUCUUGUAAAAAGCUAUAACAUAUUGUAAAGCAAAUGGACCAUUCUUUAUAAAGUCACCAGCUUAGCUCUGAUAGGGCUGUAGCUCUAUUUAUGAUGUCCUCUGCACAGAUCUACUCUGACAUUGACAUAUUAUUACUUAUUGGAAUGUCUGUCCUUCAGGUAGCACAGAGGGAGGAUGGUGAUCCUCAGAGGGAAGGAAAGGAAGUUGUUGAGGAAGAACCGGUGGCCACGCCCAAAGAGGAGGCCAAGAAGGGAAGGAAGGCAAAAAGGAAGAGGAGUGGCAAGAAGUCAAGGAAGCUGGGCACUGACAACGAUGCAGUCUCCAGGAAUAAACACCUGGAUAGAGGAUCUGUAAUUGAGCUCCUGGAGAAGAAAGCUGUUAAGGCUGCAUUCGGCCCAGGCAACAAGGAUGAGAUGGAAUACUCCUACCCAAUCCUCAUCUCAUUCCUGCGCAAUCUUACUGAUGAGCAGUGGCAAGUGAUCUACAAAGGACUAAAAAACCCUAUGACGAAGGAACAGCUUGCCAAAUUGUGCAAGACAAUUGUAACCUUCAUCGCACAGACCACCCUGCAGAUCCUGCUGCCAGCCCUGGCCCGCGUACUUGGGGUAAAGGACUUUGCUGACGACGACACUGACUCACCCAAGAGGGGUGGCAGUGCAAGAUCCUUUGCUGCCUUUGAUCAGGAAAGACUGGAGCUCAUCCAGGAAGUUAGAUAUCUGGCGAAGAAAAUGUAUAAGGGCGGCACAGGGGCUCAACAUCUCAGGUCCCUAACACCCUCUUCUAAGAGGUAUGUUCCCCUCAAGGUUGUCAUGUAUGGAUUUCACCAAGAUCAUCUAUCCCAGUGUUAGCCAAUGCAAUUUACUCUAUCUGAUGUAGUACAAAAUGUAAUGUAUCAGCAUUUGAGCAUAUUCAAAUUAAUGAGCAUGUAAAGCGAUCAAAAGGACAUGUAGAUAUUUAGAAUACUAAAAUUACAACGCUUGACCGAUUUGCCAAGUUAAAUCAGGAAUUAUCAUGCUUUGCUUGUUCGUUUUAAAGUUCCCAGACCUCAGUGAAAGUCCACCUGGGAACGACAGAGGACAGAAUCAUCAAAAGUGUCCAGGAGCAACUGUCUGAUCAUAAUAUCCUGUCCUCUUGCCCACCUGAGCUGACUGUUGGUCUUAUCAAGGUGGUGGUCGAACAGCUUAACUCUGCCCUCUCUGCGACCAUCAGCAGAGCCAUUUCAGGGCGGUCCUCCCCUAUUUCUUCUGGUACCCAGGCCGCUGAACAAAUGGUCAACAUGGUCCAGAAAUGUUUUGAUGAUCACACCACCCCAGAGGACCAGAGCUCUACCUCUGUAUUAGAGUCAUGCAUU